AAUUACCCUUAUAUAUGUCAUCCCAUUCCCGUGUGUGCAUAAAUAUAUAUACUUUUAAGUACCAUUUUCAAAAUUCCCAAUUCCCUCCAUACUUCAUGGGGGAUGAAAACGAAAUGCCCAUGCCCAUUCCAUUUCUAAUUGUAGGAGUCAUUUGUGCUAUAAUAGUGAGUAUAUGGUUACCAGGACCUACAAAUUCUCCACCACCUCGACCUCAACAGGCUCGAUUUCCACCUCGACGUCGAACCAACUGAAUCGUGAAUCAUUGUUUUGUUUUGCUUUUCGUUUUCGUUCUUUUUUUCCUCUGUACUACCAUAAACAGCAAAAUUUUCUCGGCGGCAGUUGCAUCAGACUCCAAGAAGAAGCCGCGUACUGGAAUUUCACAGCUGUCGCUGAAAAACGUGAGCAUGAUUUCUGAUCUGAAGGAUCUAGCUUCUUCUAAACUGGAAUCCAUCGAUUGCCAGCUGGAUUCAUCGCACUCUGAAAUCAUGAAGGAUGUGGAAGCAUCACAGUGUCGUCUCCAGAAGCGGCUUAAGUCACUUUGUUCGUGGGAUCCAUGCAAGAGGCCAACAGCCUUGGAAGCCCUUCAACACCCUUUAUUCCAGAGUUGCUAUUAUGUUCCACCAUCACUUCGCUCUAAAGCUGCUGUUUCAAACACACCUCUGGGUAUUCAAAGGAAGUUGGACAUGAAUAAUCAGCUUCAAAAACAAGCAUGUCAGCAAGUAAUGGAUGAAGCAGAAAAGGAAUAUAAGAAGACGUCUGAGCGAAUAAAUGAAGAUCGAGAUGCAAUGAAGGUGCGGAAAAUCAUCACUACUUGGACACUAAAAUCCCACCAUUUUUACUACCUUUGUGCUCUGUUUCAGGCUUCAUAUGUGAAAUUCUUAGAAGCAGCACAGGCCAGCGCAUAUCGCUGCAAGUUAGUUAUCUUCAAUUGCGAUUCCACGUUCUAACAAGCUGCUGAAUGGAUGGUGGAUACCAUUCUUUUCCUUCAAGACUAUAUAGGUUCUAUCAUUUUACCAUAGACACAAAUCACAUACACAGAUAAAGAUGUAUAUACCAAGUAACGUGCAAUACUGAAAUAAAAUUCGUUCAAGAGGGCCAUAUGAGCUGCUUAAUGCAUUUUAUCACUAUGCAUUAACGUUUACAUAAUACAACAUAUGAUCAUAUGGUCAUUGCUUUGUCAUUUUGU